AUGUCCAGCUCCACAUUGAAUAAUAAUCAGAAAAAGGUUGGUCUCUCGUUCCUCUCCUUUUUUUCUUCAACUUUUUCUUCGCGGAUUCCUAUCCCGAAUUCAUCGAUCAAUACGCUUUUUCUUCCUUAUUUCGCUCUCAAUGUCAUCUCCUUUCGCCAUCUCAAAAUUGUUCCCAUUUCCCCUUUUCCUUUUAUUGGCUUUUUGUCGGCCCCCGCUGCUGUUUCGGAUGCACUCGUUGAUCCUAUCUUGCGCAUCCGAUUCUUUUGUCCAAAGAAAUGCGGACAGGAAGACAAGAAGCAAAAAAUAAAUAAGUCGUUGUCGGUUUUUCAGAUGCACGUCGUCAUUGUACAUCCGGAACAAUGGAACGGAGGUUCCGAUCGAUGUACUGUCGCACUGAUCAGACAUUUUGUGUCGCAGGGCCAUCGGGUCACUUGGCUCACCACUAUGAUUGAUGAGUAUUGGAGGAAUCACACUUUUGAUGGCGUUGGUAAGAGACACAAAAAUGAUAAUUCUCACUUUCUUUUAUUGUCAUUUUAGAAAUCAUCGAAGUUGGUCUCAAACUUCAUCCAGGCGAUUGGUGGUCUCAGAACGUUGCUCUCGGCUGGAAAAUGGUGUUCAGUCAGUUGAAUCCUGAUGUCGCAAUCAUUGAUCAUUCUGCCAGGUACUUUUUCAGUUAACUGUCAAAGUUUUACAAUCCACGUUUCAGUUGCGUUCCGAUGAUCAAAUGGCGGUUUCCGGAAUGCAAAAUUCUGUUCUACUGUCAUUUCCCACAACAGUUGGUGACGCCGUCUCGUUUCUUUCUGUACAGAUGGUACGCCAAACUCAUCGGAAUCGUCGAGGAGGAACUUUUCGGACACAUCGACCAGAUCUUUGUGAACAGUAAUUUCACAGGUUUGUGUCAUUUUAUUUUAGCACUCACUCUAUACAAUCCGUUUGUUUCAGCGAGUCAGUUCUGUAAAGUCAUGCCGAACAUCGAGAAGAGCAAAGUUCGUGUUGUUUACCCGCCAUGUGAUAUUGACUGGAUUGUCAGCGAGGUACAGUUCACUCGAAUCAUCUUUUUUCCAAACUUUUUUUCGUUUUAGUCCGAAAAGCCACUAAGCAGAGCGGAUCGUGCUAAGAACGAUGUGUAUACGUUCUUGUCGAUGAACAGAUUCUGGCCAGAGAAAAGACUGGAUAUUAUUGUGGAAGCCGCAGGUUUGCUACCUCCUUUUGUCAAAGGAAGUAACAUUUCCUGGUUUUCAGCUAUCCUCAAAAGGAAAGGAUACACACUUCACGUUCAGUUGGCCGGAUCUGUGAUGCCGCACAUUCCGGAAAGUCGCAUUUACUACGAACUUCUACAAAAAAUGACAGAGGUAAUGAAAACAAACAACCUUCAAGAUUUCACGCUAUUUACGGUACUUACAGGAUCUUGACGUGACCGACGUGGUGUCUUUCAUCCCAUCGCCAACGGAUAAAGUCAAGUUUCAGCUGUACCAGAUGUGUGACACCGCUCUUUACACUCCGCCCAAUGAGCAUUUUGGAAUCGUUCCAAUUGAAGCUCUCGAUCAGCGCAGACCAGUCAUCGUGUGUGACAGUGGAGGCCCUGCCGAAACCGUAUUGGAGAACAUCACAGGAACUAAGGUAAGAACAUCUAAAUUUCUGAAUUGCGAAACACAAAGCAUAUUCGUACAAAGCCAAACGCAGAUCCUAAUCUCGAGUAUUUCCAGAUUGCCAAGCCGUGCGGCGAGUUGUUGGCCGAAGCCAUGAUUCACCACAUGAACAAGCGCGAGUGGCCCGAACUGGAUACAGAAGAGGGAUACGCGAAACAGGUUCGUGAGUCGGAUCAGAUUGGCGAAAGUCGUCUGGAUGUUUCAAAAAAGAACAAUAGCUCUUAUCGAGUCUCGCAUCGAUCCGUAUCUCGAUAUCUUUCAGCGGCGACGCCUCGAGUCGGAAUUCUCCACCCGCGGCUUCUGCAGCAACAUCGAUCGAGCCAUCGCGGAAAUGUUCGGAAAUCUGGAGAUCUCGCAUGAGACAGCGAAACCGGCGGCUCCCGCUCUAGCUCCGAUCGUCACGCAGCCAAUGCCGACCGAAGUGUACUCGAAGCCUCAGCAGUAUAACAAAUCUGCUCAUAGCAGACGUGCUCAGGCUUAA